AUGGUGGGUGUGUCUGCAAUGGGAGUAGUGGUUCUCAUCUUGCUGUCACUGUGUUGUUUGAUUUCUGGAAAAGCUGCGGAAUUUUCAGAGAUAAGUCAACUUCUGGAGUUGAAGAACGCCAUUGUUGACCAUCAUAACAUGCUCUCAACCUGGAAAUCUUCAAACCCAAAUCACUGUUCCUGGUUUGGAAUCACGUGCAAUUCACAUGGUAUGGUUUCUGAGUUGAGGAUACCAGGAGGUAAUUUUGUUCAUUCUGGUUCUUGUUUGAGUAGUAAAUAUUCUGAUCUUGCAUUGCAUGGUUCUGAGAUUGUGAGGGAUUGUUCUUCGUUAAAGAAAGGGAGAUUUUUAGGGGGGAAACUGUCGAAUGUAAUUGGGAAAUUUUCAGAGCUUAGGGUUCUAUCGUUUCCAUUUAAUGAAUUUAGGGGUGAAUUACCUAAUGGGGUCUGGGGGUUAACGAAACUUGAAGUGAUUGACAUCGAAGGGAAUUCGAUUACUGCAAAUUUAUCUACAAUCAACUUCAACAACUUGAAGAAUUUGCAAGUUUUUAAUCUAGGGUUCAACAAAUUAUUUGGAGAAAUCCCUAAUUCUCUCUCAGAAUGUGAAGCUUUAAGCUUAUUAAAUCUUGCUGGAAACCAAAUCGAAGGGUAUGUCCCUGAUUUUCUUGGUAACUUUGUGAAGUUAAAAGGGAUUAAUCUGUCAUCAAAUCAAUUUAUCGGAUCAUUACCAGAUGAAUUCUGGAAUAAUUGUCAUGUUCUUGAGCACGUUGAUUUUUCCAGUAACUUCUUGACAGGUAAAAUCCCUAAAAGUUUUGGAAAUUGCAGCAAUUUGAGAACAAUGUUGCUCUUUUCAAAUGGAUUUUCUGGUGUUCUUCCUUUCGAGCUUACAAACCUUCAAAUGCUUGAAGUUCUAGAUGUUUCCAGAAACAGAAUCAGUGGAAUUCUUGAUGAAAAGCUUCCUGUUCGUUGUAUGCGAGUGUUUGAUGUUAGCAGAAAUCUCAUGUUUGGAUCCAUUCCUGAUUUCAUCAACCCUUGUCAUCUAAACAUUUCGCGACACUCUGAUCCUGUCGCUAAAUAUCUCUCCCACCUCACUUAUAAAACUCGAGUAGAAACCCGUCUUCCUUUUUCCCGAUUUACCCCUGCCAUGAUCCAUGAUUUCAGUGACAAUAAUUUCACAGGUCCAAUCCCAUUGCUUCCUAUGAUAUCAAGAACAGGGAAGAAGAUCGAUUACGCAUUUCUAGCAGGUGGGAACAAGCUUUCCAGUGGUUUAUUUCGCGAAAAUCCGUUUAAAAAACUGUCAUAA